AUGCAACCUUCAAAUCCUCUUCUUCCUCCUCUCCUCCUCUGCCUUCUGGUCACCCUCCGCCAUGCCACGGCAGCGGACGGCUGCCUCGCGGCGGAGAGGGAGGCGCUCCUCGGCUUCAAAGCCGGUUUCAACCUCACCGGCGACGGCGGCGGCAGCAACCCGAUGUCUCUAUGGCAAGGCCAAGAUUGCUGCGGCUGGCCGGGAGUGGCCUGCAGAAACGCCACCGGCCGUGUCGUGGCGCUCGAUCUGCAUGGCUGGGAGCUUCAGGCCACUGGGCGGCGCACGAUCAGCUCGUCGCUGCUCGCGCUGACCCAACUGAGGCGCCUCGACCUCGCCGGGAACGACUUCUCCAGCUCCCGCUUCCCGGAGCUCUCCUUCCGAAAACUCCGGUACCUCGAUCUCUCCUUCACCGCCUUCUCCGGCGGAAGGCUCGAUCCGCUGGCGAACCUCUCGAGCCUCCACUACGUCGAUCUGACGGAGGCCCUGUCUCCCGGCUCGUACCGCAUCGACCACCUCCGUUGGCUCUCCGGCUUGCCCGAUCUGACCCACCUCGACCUCAGCGCCCUCGACCUCGCCAACGUCUCCGACUGGUUCUCUCCGGUGAACUCGCUGAAUCGACUCGAAGCUCUAUAUCUGGAGGAAUGCAAUCUCAGCACCAUUCCGAUCUCCUCCGCCACCGUCAACCUCUCCUCCCUCGUCGUGCUCGACCUCUACAACAACAGCAUCGCCACCGGCUUGCCCGACUGGCUAUGGAACCUCACGAGCUUGGUGCACCUCAACCUCUUCCAAAGUGGUUUCGCCGGACCUGUUUCCGAAGCCAUCGGCGAUUUGACCUCGCUCGAGUCGCUCGACCUCCGGUACAACUCGCUCAACGGCUCGAUACCGAGCUCGAUCUCGAAGCUGACCGGCCUGGUCGAGAUGUUUCUCCAUGCCAAUGACUUCGGAGGUGUUGUUUCAGAAGCUCAUUUUAGCAACCUUACCAAUUUGGAAUACUUGUGGCUCUCUUGGAACGACCGACUCUCGGUAUCACUUCGCCGGAGUUGGGAGCCUCCUUUCCAACUGACGGAAGUUGGACUCGGAGGUGUUCUAGUGGGGCCUCAGUUUCCGGCAUGGUUGAAGUCGCAAACAGGGAUCAGGAGGUUGGAUCUCUGGGGGAGUGGAAUAGAAGGGGCUUUGCCCGAGUGGCUCUGGCACAACGUUUCUUCCGCCGUCAACAUAUCGGUAGACCUUUCCGGCAACCGAAUAACCGGCAAAUUGCCUCCUUCUCUCGAGUUCACAAAGUUGACAGAGUUAAUUCUCGGAAGCAAUCUGCUGGAAGGUCCAUUGCCGACCGAGCUUCCAGCUUCGCUUGGCUCCUUAUCCCUCGACAACAAUUCCUUCUCGGGGCGCUUGCCUCCAUGGCCAUACCUCAAUGCAUUGUCUCUCGAAAACAAUAAGCUCGAAGGCAGCAUCUCCUCCCUUUGCCAGUCCACAUCUCUGCAGCUUCUUGUGCUAUCGAACAACAAAUUUACAGGACAAAUUCCUCACUGUUUGGGGGAGUCGUCGCGAGGUCUUCAGUCAUUGAAUCUGGGCAACAAUGGUUUCUCCGGCACUAUUCCAAGCAGCAUCAGGUUUCUGACUGGCCUGACCGAUCUGGAACUCAGUAACAAUGGUGUCUCCGGCGAGCCACUGCUGCUGUUGGAGAAUUGCACCAUGUUGAGCUAUGUCGAUCUCGCGGAGAAUAGAUUCACAGGGAUCAUACCACAUUGGAUAGGAGACAAUCUUCCGGCGCUGAUAUAUUUGCGGUUGCGUUCCAACAUGUUCUCGGGGCAAAUUCCGACAGAGCUUGCCAAACUUCAAAGCCUUCAGAUAUUGGAUCUCGCAAGCAACAACUUCUCAGGAGCCAUACCGGCUAACAUUGGCAAUAUUAGUGCAAUGGCUUCAUCACAGGCCACGAUCUUUCUUCUACAUCCGAUAGACUUACAUGUGUAUUCCAAGGGACAGGAUAUGUACUAUAGGCAAAGCCCGGAUCUCGUGAACAGCCUUGAUCUUUCGAGCAACAGCUUGGUCGGAGAUAUUCCGGAAGGAAUUGGAGAUCUUGCGUCGUUGGGGAGCUUGAAUUUGUCGAGAAAUCGUUUAACCGGGAAGAUUCCUCAGAGCAUAGGAGGGCUUGCAUUGAUUGAAUCUCUUGAUCUUUCAAUGAAUCUUCUUUCCGGCAACAUUCCCGAAAGCUUAUCCUCCUUAACCUUUCUUAGUUACUUGAAUCUGUCUUACAACAACUUAUCGGGAGAGAUACCGUCCGGGCAUCAACUCCAGACUCUCGAAGAUCCAUCGAUUUACAUGAACAAUCCUUACCUGUGUGGGCCGCCCAUCUCCAAAAGUUGCUCGAGCAAUGUGACAGUAACAGAAACAGAGAACGGCGAGAAAGAGUACGGGAAGAAUAACUCUGAUUUGGUUUGGCAAUGCAUUAGCACAAUUCUUGGAUUUGUGAUGGGGUUUUGGAUCUUUUGCGGCGUCAUCUUCUUCAAAGAUAGAUGGAGGCACGCAUACUUCAGUGGCAUUGACAAGCUGUUCGAUGGUAUAUUUCGACAGUGA